AAAAAUGAUAAGCAAGAAGCAGUAGUUAAGGCUUUCAAGCAUGCCUGGAAUGCAUAUAAGAAAUUUGCAUGGGGACAUGAUCAUUUAAAACCAAUUUCAAAAACACAUAAUGACUGGUUUGGUCUUGGUCUAACCAUUAUUGAUUCACUUUCAACUGCUUUGAUUAUGGGACUAGAUGAAGAAUUCGAAGAAGGAAGAAACUGGGUUGCUGAUUCAUUAUCAUUCAAAACGAAUCGUUUUGUAAGUUUUUUCGAGACGACAAUUCGAGUUCUUGGGGGCUUAUUAAGUGCUUAUCAUCUAAGUGGUGAUCAGAUGUUUGCCCAACGUGCUGAGGAUCUUGGAAGUCGCCUUAUUGCUGCAUAUGCAACGUCAUCUCCUGUUCCAUACAGUGACGUCAGCCUUACAAAUAGAGAAGGGAGGCAACCGCUAUGGAUUAAUGAUUGUUCUCUUUCUGAAGUCACAAGUGUUCAGUUGGAAUUUCGAGAUCUUUCUCGUGUAACCAAUAAUGGUACCUACGAGAUGCUUGCGUUUCAAACAUCCGAGCAUGUGCAUCAUGUGACUUGUUCUCAUUAUGGUGGUUUGUGUAAUAUGUUCAUUAAUCCGACUACAGGAAAACAUACGACUAUUACGAUGGGUGCACGAUCAGAUAGUUAUUAUGAAUAUUUGUUAAAGCAGUGGCUGCAAACAGGCAAGAAAAUCAAUUGGUUAAGAGACGACUACAUUAAUUCAAUGGCGGCAAUGAAAAAGUAUCUUUUAAAGCACUCAAAACCAAAUAAUAUUGCUUUUGUUGGUGAAAUACUCGCAGGAGAUGUUUGGGUUAAUUGUAAGUUAUUCCUUUAUUUGAAUGGGUUACCUCAUGAACAUUUAGAACUUGCAAAAGAUAUUGCAAAUGGAUGCCAUAAAAUGUACGAAACUAGGACGGGCUUAGGUCCAGAAAUUAUCUACUUCAACACCAAUUCGCAAAAUCCGCAGGACAUCUCGAUCAAACAUCUGGAUGCACAUAGUUUGUUACGACCAGAAGCUGUCGAAGCGUGGUUUUACUUAUAUCGAGUAACAGGUGACCGAAUGUAUCAGGAAUGGGGAUGGGAAGUGUUCAAAGCUAUUGAAAAUUAUGCGAAACUGGAAUAUGGAUAUUCUUCGGUGAAUAAUGUUAAAAGCAUACCAUUCAGUUCCAGGGAUAUGAUGGAAUCGUUUUUUUUGGCCGAGACAUUGAAGUAUCUGUAUCUCUUAUUUGAUGAUGACAAAACUGAUAUUCCUCUUGACAAAUACGUCUUUAAUACGGAAGGUCAUCCACUGCCAAUCUAUGACCACUGA